UUGGUGAUGAUGUAUCUUGUGCUGGUACUCUGUGUGGGCAGGGCGCUGUCCAUGAUGGUGCCUCUGCUCGACGACAUAGAGCCAAGGGUGGGCGAGACGUGCGGAUAUGAUAGCUGCACUCAAGCGGAGGCUGGUCUGCUGAACGUUCACAUCGUCCCCCACACCCAUGACGACGUCGGUUGGCUGAAGACUGUCGACCAGUACUACUAUGGAAGUCGUAACAAUAUACAAAAGGCCGGUGUCCAGUAUAUAUUGGACUCUGUCGUCAAGGAGCUGUGGCAGGACCCUAAACGGAGAUUUAUCUACGUGGAGACAGCCUUCUUCUGGAAGUGGUGGACGCGUCAGUCCGACGACGUACGUCACAAAGUCCACGUACUUGUGCGCCAGGGUCGCCUUCAGAUGGUUGGCGGUGCUUGGAGCAUGAAUGAUGAGGCUGCUUCCCACUACCACAGCACAAUCGAUCAGUUCACUUGGGGACUCGGCAAGCUUAAUGAAACCUUCGGGGCAUGUGGUCGGCCACGUGUGGGCUGGCAGAUCGACCCGUUCGGCCACUCGAGGGAGUUCGCGUCCCUUCUCGCUGCCAUGGGCUAUGACGGGCUGUUCUUGGGUAGGAUCGACUACCAAGACAAGAGAGCCAGGCUGAAGGCAAAGAAUAUGGAGAUGGUGUGGAGGGGCGACGACAAUCUGGGAAAACCAUCGGAUAUAUUCACCGGAGUACUUUACAACACGUAUUCACCGCCUCCAGGUUUCUGCUUUGACGUACUCUGUGACGAUGAACCGAUCAUAGAUGAUCCAGAUUCUCCUAUCUUUAACGUGGAUCAGAGGGUCAGCAGUUUCUUGGACAGAGUUCGGCUGAUGUCAGAAGCUUACAGGACGAACAAUGUUCUGGUGACGAUGGGCGACGACUUCCAGUACCAAGACGCUGGAAUGUGGUUCAAAAACUUGGAUAAAUUGAUACAAUACACAAACUUGAAAGCGGCGAAAGAUGGAUUGGACGUCAAACUGUUCUACUCGACGCCGGACUGUUAUUUGAAGGCAGUCAGGGAUGCUAACCCCUCCCUUCCGACGAAGCAGGACGACUUCUUCCCGUACGCGAGCGACCCUACCGCUUACUGGACCGGCUACUUCACCUCCCGCCCCACCACCAAAUACUUCGAGAGGGAGGGCAACAAUUUCCUACAGAUGGUGAAACAGCUUCAAGUGUUGACACAGCUACAGGAGCACAACAAAUUCGUUCUCGACGAACUUAAAAGUGCCAUGGGUGUGAUGCAGCAUCACGACGCGAUCACGGGCACGGAGAAGCAGCACGUGGCACACGACUACGAGCGGAUGCUCGACGAAGCUAUAGAGGACGCGAGUAUCAUCGCCAAGCAGGCGUUUAACAAAGUGUUUCAAGGCGACGCUCUGAAGCCUCCGCUACUAAACUACGAGCGAUGUCGCUUCAAUGAGUCCAGCUGCCACGUCUCUGAGAACAAGAAGAGCUUUGUGGUAACCGUCUACAACCCCCUAGCAUGGAAAGUGACAGAACCCGUAAGGAUCCCAGUUGUUGAAGGAAAUUACGCUGUGUUCGCCCCUAAUGGCGAAGAAAUAACUUCCCAACUUAUCGACAUACCGGAGAACGUCAGAAAUAUUCCAACAAGACAGUCCAAGGCCACUCACGAAGUAGUUUUCCUCGCGUAUCUUAUGCCAUUAGGAUUUAAAUCUUAUUACAUAAGCAAUAAAGAUGCAAAGACAAAAAGAGACGCUACCUAUAAAAAUACAAACAAAAGAGAUGGUGACUAUUAUAUAAAUUUGAAUGAUUAUUGGAAAAAUAUAAAAACUAAACCCUAUAUUGAUAUAAAAAACCUAGAAGAUGGUCAGCUUAAUACAGAUGUAAAUUUAAAUAAAGACACUGAAAAAAUUCCCGAUUCAGUAAACUUAAAAAAUAACAACGACGUUCUGAAUCAAGGUAAAGUUAGCGAAGAAUUAGAUGUAGCAAUGUUGAAAGACAAGAACGAUGUUAUUAGUGAAGAUAUUUUGCAACUGGAGAAGAUAAUAAGGGAAGCGAAGAGAAAUAUGGAGAAGAUGGAAAGAGAGAAUCCAAGAGAUAAUGUGUCGAAGAAGCUUAACUAUCUGAGCUUGAAUGAUGAAGAAAUGAGGAUGCUGUCUGAUGAUCCGAUGGUUGUUAGCACUUUCGAUGAUAUGUUUAUUGAAAAUGAGUACAUAAAAAUUCGUGUGGACAACGCGACAGGUCAAAUUACCCAGAUGAUUCAACAGAACUCCACCUUGGAUUUGGCCGUACGAAUGUAUUAUUGGACACCAUGUUACGGCGACAAUUCUAACACAUCUCAGCGUUCUUCCGGUGCUUACAUCUUCCGUCCUAAUAUAACUAUUCCUUUCGAACUGAAGAUCCUUCACACGCAGGUAAAAAAAGGUCCGAUAGUAUCCGAAAUUAGGAUCACCACUCCAGGAAACGCAUCAAGCGUACUCCGUUUGUACAGUGGCCUUAACUUCUUAGAACACGACUUUGUCAUUGGACCCAUAUCGGUUGACGAUAAUAUCGGGAAAGAAUACGUAGUGAGAUACGAAACCAAUAUAUUCAAUGAUGGAAUUUUCUACACCGAUUCUAACGGUAGACAAAUGCUGAAGAGGAAGCUUUCCGAGAGGCCACAGUGGAACCUUACACUGGAAGAACCGAUACCAGGAAAUUAUUACCCGGUCACAAAUAAAUUUACCAUUGAAGAUACUGAAAGCCGCCUCUCUGUUUUGACUGAUAGGUCACAAGGUGGCACGUCUUUGGUUGAAGGAAAUAUAGAAUUAAUGCUUCAUCGAAGACUUCUCCAUGAUGAUGCGUUUGGUGUUGGCGAAGCUCUAAACGAGGAAGCCAAUGGCGUAGGCUUAGUUGUUAGAGGAAGACACCGACUCCUUAAAACAAAUCCAGAUAAUACUGACGAACUGAUUGCUGAAAGGAAAAAGGUCCUCGAAUUGCACUAUCCACCGAUUAUUUUCGUAUCGGACGCUGAAAAUCUGGAGUACAAAGACUGGUUGACACUGACCAAUAUGUACAGCGGAGUGAAGAAUUCUUUAUCAACCGGUCUCCAUUUGCUGACUCUGGAACCUUGGUCCGGAUCGACGCUACUUCUUCGAUUGGAGAAUUACUUAGAUAAAUCAGUGAAUUCUACAAUUGAAAUAGAUUUAGGCACGAUGUUCAAGAGUCUAAAAAUUGUUUCUUUCAAGGAGACUACUUUAGCAGCCAAUCAAUUCUUAAGUGAUCACCGUAAAUGGAGUUGGAAGACUGAUGAUGAGUUUUCUGAGAGCUUCAACAAGGGAUACGGAUUCUUUGAUAAUGUUACUAAGGCCAAAGAUGAUGCGGAAGUAGUGAUGGAUGACGGACUGAAAGUGAGGAUCAAGGCCAAACAAAUUCGCACGUUCAUUGUUGUUUAUGAAUAUUUAGCAAACGUUAGUGGAGCAUAA